ACACCAACAACUUAACCCAACACAACAACACCAUGUCACUCAACGGAUUCCUACAGGAGCUCUCGACAAACGAACAUCGACUAGCCGAACGAGAAUGCGAGGAGGGCCAGAAGGAGUAUGCGCUACACCACCAAGAUCCAGGACGAACACCCGUACCAAGGUUCGAUCUACCUGGAGUCAAAGACCCCGUAUCAUUCUUAAGAACUCACACCGACGAUAGAUCGGCGGAUGCCAAGAUCAAGAUCAAACAUGGCACCACCACUCUCGCCUUCAGAUUCCAACACGGGAUCAUCGUCGCCGUCGAUUCGCGGGCGACUGCUGGAAGCUAUAUCGCCAGUGGCACCGUCAAAAAGGUCAUCGAGAUCAAUCCUUUUCUCUUGGGUACUAUGGCUGGAGGUGCCGCCGAUUGUCAAUACUGGGAAACUUAUCUAGGCAUCCAAUGUCGACUACACGAGCUCCGAAACAAGAGUCGGAUCUCAGUAGCGGCGGCCUCGAAGUACCUCUCGAACCUAGUGUACAGCUACAAGGGCAUGGGCUUAUCGAUGGGCACGAUGAUCUGUGGCUGGGACGGGGCAGGCCCGGGCUUAUAUUACGUCGACUCGGACGGCACUCGGCUCAAGGGAGACGUCUUCUCCGUCGGCUCCGGCUCCACCUUCGCCUAUGGCGUCCUCGACCAAGGAUAUCAUUGGGAUCUCUCCGUAGACGAUGCGCUCGAACUCGGCAGACGGAGUAUCUAUGCCGCUGGUCAUCGCGACGCGUUCUCUGGCAAUACCCUGAACCUCUAUCAUGUCAAGGAAGAUGGAUGGCAUUUCAUUAAUAACUAUGACUUCAAUAAACUCCACUAUGAUAUGGCUUAUGGUUACGAAGAAAGGUUGAAGAAAGAUGCCGAGGUGGUAGUCUGAGUCGACUGAUGAUGGGAAACAAAAACAAAACAAAACUGAGGCAAGGGAGAAAUCUUGAUCGUCAUUGUUAGUCUGCUCAAAGAGACGUCUUGGCACUCGAUUUGUACAUGACCUCCAUCUCAAGCUCUCGGAACCCGUUUUCGUUGAUUUUUACUUUAAUUGUCUCGUCUUUUUAUUUUGAAGAAGAUGAAGAAAUGUAUUCCAAUAGAUCAAAUCAACCCUGUGUGGAUCGAAGUGGAUAGAAGAGUAUAUCCUAUAGCUAGCAUAUUGAGCCCCCCGUUCUUGGGGGCUCAUCAAGCUAACAAUGUUGUUGAAGAACACUCCUACUGCACUACCGGUGGCCACUCAAAUAGUGUACAAGACCUACUGAAGCACAUGUUUAGGGUAGUCUUACAUUGUAGCUGCUUGAAAUAUAUUAACAAUUUCAAGUGUCAAGAAAAUCCAAAUUUCAGGUAGUUUG